GGCCGGGAUCGCUAUGGCAGCGGCGUUGGUGUGGGCCCAGCCUCCGCGCUCCGGUCGCGGCCCGACAGUCUCAGCGGCGGCCGGCACCGCGGCCCCUUGGGCAUGAGCGGGGUGUCCCGCCACGGCCCGCGACUCUGGCCGCCGCUGUCGCCGCAUCUCAGCUUUGGGCCGGCGCCGGGAAUAUGCCCCUGGCCGCCUACUGCUACCUGCGAGUCGUGGGCAGGGGCAGCUACGGGGAGGUGACGCUCGUGAGGCACCGGCGGGACGGCAGGCAGUAUGUCAUCAAAAAGCUGAACCUCCGAAAUGCCUCCAGCCGAGAGCGGCGAGCUGCUGAACAGGAAGCUCAGCUUUUGUCUCAGUUGAAGCACCCUAAUAUUGUCACCUACAAGGAGUCGUGGGAGGGAGGGGACGGUCUGCUGUACAUUGUCAUGGGCUUCUGCGAAGGAGGUGAUCUGUACCGAAAGCUCAAAGAACGGAAGGGGCAGCUUCUGCCUGAGAGUCAGGUGGUGGAAUGGUUUGUUCAGAUCGCCAUGGCUCUGCAGUAUUUACAUGAAAAACAUAUCCUUCAUCGAGAUCUGAAAACUCAAAAUGUCUUCCUAACAAGAACAAAUAUCAUCAAAGUAGGUGACCUAGGAAUUGCACGAGUGUUAGAGAACAAUGGUGACAUGGCUAACACUCUCAUCGGCACACCCUACUACAUGAGCCCUGAAUUGUUUUCAAACAAACCUUACAACUAUAAGUCGGAUGUUUGGGCUCUGGGAUGCUGUGUUUAUGAAAUGGCUACCCUGAAGCAUGCUUUCAAUGCAAAAGACAUGAAUUCUUUAGUUUAUCGGAUUAUUGAAGGAAAGCUGCCACCAAUGCCAAAAGAUUAUAGCCCAGAGCUAGCAGAACUGAUAAGAACAAUGCUGAGCAAGAGGCCUGAAGAAAGACCCUCUGUGAGGAGCAUCCUGAGGCAGCCUUAUAUAAAGCGCCAAAUCUCUUUGUUUUUGGAGGCCACAAAGGCAAAAACAUCCAAAAGUAAUAUUAAAAACAGUGACUCUAAAUCAAAGCCUGUUGCCACAGUGGUCUCUGGAAAUGCUGAAUCGAGUCAUAAAGUAGUUCCCCUCCAGCCACAGUCUUCUGAGGGCUCCAAGACAUAUGUAAUGGGUGAAGACAAAUGUUUGUCCCAGGAGAAACCCAUAGUCAUUGACCCCUUGAAGACACCAGCAAGCCUGAAAGGCCACAACUGCAAACCAGAUGUGAGCGAUACCUCAGAAUCACUAGCCACAAUCAGUAAAGUGAAUAUUGACAUCCUACCUUCAGAAAGAAGGGAUUCAUUGAGUGAUGGCUUAGUUCGGGAGAAUCAGCCAAGACAUUUAGACACCUCUAAUGAGCUAGAAGGUAAAUGCAGUAUUUCUCAAGUGAAGAAGCUGCAGGAUGGCACUGAGCCCAGCGCUCAACCCAGAAACGUAAUUCCCGCAUGGUUCUCUAAUGAUGUCACUGGGGAAAGGAGUGACCCAGCGAGACCUCUGCAGCCCCUAAAGAAAGACCAAAAGCCAAAAGACCAGGAUCAAGUUGCUAAUGAAUGUGUUACAGAAAAACUAGACAGAACCGUCUCAGGUUUACAGCCGCACAGCUUUGGCUCUGAGUCCUCCCUUUCUCGACAGCGACGACAGAAGAAAAGAGAACAGCCUAAGCAUAGUGGGGAAGAGAGACAGGAGGCUCCUCCUCGACUUUUACCUUCUCUUCCCACCGCUGGAAAAAAGGAUGUCACAUUAACACAAAAAGAUGCUGAAAACCAAAGUAGAUUGGUCAUUGGGUCUGCUGUGAGUUCCUUGAGGAGCAAGGAGGUGUCAUCAUCAAAGGACCGACCAUUAUCAGCAAGAGAAAGGAGGCGACUAAAGCAGUCACAGGAAGAGAUGUUUCCCUCAGGCCCUUCAGUGAGGAGAUCUCUGAGUGCAUCAGGCCCGGGGAAUUCACAAGAAGAAGGCCAGCCCACCCCUGCCCCGUGGUUGUCUUCUGACUGCAGUGUUGCUCAGGAAAGGAAACUCAUCCGCUGUCUGUCUGAGGAUGAAUUAAGUUCUUCUACAAGUUCAACUGAUAAAUCAGAUGGGGAUUCCAAGGAACGGAAAUGUCAUACAAAUGAAAUGAGUGACUUGGUGCAGUUGAUGACUCAGACCCUAAAACUGGAAUCUAAAGAGAGCUGUGAAGAUCUCCUGGUUCCAGAUCCAGUGUCAGAAUUUAAACUUCAUCGGAAGUACCGGGAUACGCUGAUACUUCAUGGAAAAGUUGUGGAAGAAGCUGAGGACCUUCAUUUUAAACAACUACCUUCCGCUGUCAUGCCAGGUUCUGAAAAGAUCAGAAGAAUAGUUGAAGUCUUGAGAGCUGAUGUAAUCCAGGGCCUGGGAAUUCAGCUUUUAGAACAGGUGUAUGAUCUUUUGGAAGAAGAGGAUGAAUUGCAGAGAGAGGUACGUUUGCAGGAGCACAUGGGUGAAAAAUAUACAACUUACAGUGUGAAAGCUCGCCAGUUGAAAUUUUUUGAAGAAAAUGUGAAUUUUUGAGAAUUAAAUCUGCCAGAACUAAAGACCUAUUUUCAGAGGUUUUUAGCUUAAACAGAAACAAAUCCAUAAUAAUGGCUAGAGGCCAUUCACCAUCCUUACAGCCUUUUUUUUUUUUUUUUAAACUGGGAAAAAAAUGGGAUGGACCAGAAUAAUAUGAAGCAAUGUCACAAAAGAAUGAAAAAACCUUUGGCAAUUUUACUUUCUUGAUGAGGGAAAUCUGUUAGAAGAUGUCUGUUUGGUUACUGUUUACUGAGCCUUAAACCCCCUCUUUGUAUUUAGAACUUUAUUUUUUUAAGGUACUAUUUAGCUUGAUUACAGGGCCAUAAAAUAUGAGAUUGGAAGUUUUAUAUUGUACUGUAGUGAUAAAUGCAUAGGAGGAAUGAAUGUCUUAUAGUGAUACUAGUUGUCAUUGUUAAUAACCUUAGGUAGUAGUUGAUAAAUUAUUUUUUUAAAAAGUCAAUUCAUCAUUCUGGGAGUAGAUCUGAAUAUGAAGUUAUAUCUACUGCUUGAGUAACUGAAUUCCUGUUUUACAUAUUGAUGGAUGUUUAACAUUUUAUUUUCAUUUCAUAUGAACCUCACGGUAUAUAAGAAUUGAAACUAAGAAAUAUUUUGGCUUUGGCAAAUCAGUGUUUUUGUAUACUGUUUUUUUUUUUAGGAUGAUAUUUUCAUUGGUGAAAACAUUUCUUCAACACUAAUUCCCUUUCGAAUUAAGCAAUUUGUAAAUGAAGUCCAGCUCCUUUUAGUUAUGUUGGACAUUUAUCUCCUGAAGUUUUGUCUUCUUGCACAUCAAAUUAUUGGUUGUCUUUAAAUGUAUGACUAUUUAUCACAUAUUUUAUUAGCUGUUUAAUAAAGGGGAAUUCCUAUGUGGGAAAUAAAUUGUUUUUAUAAAUAAGUCUUAAUUAGUGAAUUUUCACUUCUGUAUUCAAAGGACUUUAAAAAUGAAUAUUGCUCCACAAAUGUUUUCGUUUUUUAUAAUUAAAAAUGUUACCUUACUUUGAAAAUUACAUACUCAUAAAAUACUGUAAUGAAAUGUUCCCUUUUUACUCACUUAACAGACGUUUAGUUUUUUCUGUGUGCCAGGUGCUAUGUCAGGAGCUGGGGAUAUAGUGGUGAGUAAAACAAUACUCCUGCUUACAGUGCUCAUAGUCUGGUUUCUGAGACCUCUAGUUCUACUUUGGAGGGUUUGUUAGAACUCAAUAGUAAAACCACACAGUCCCAGUCCCAUUUGGGGGCAAACUGUGGGUCUUCUUGAACUAUUCACCAUUUCUUACAUGUUUUACAAAUCUGUCUUUCUGGAGAGAUCAGUUUUAAGUUUUCUCACUUAUUGCUAUAAUGUAUAUAUUGUUUUCUUAGAAUUUAAAAAUUCUCCCCCAUGUUAUUAUUCCCAUUCUGUAUAUUUUUAUUUUCUUUUAAACAUUCAGUUUUCAUCCCAGUAUCUUUUGGUUACUCUGUAGUUUUCCUUGAGUGCUAAUCAUUUUUCAUCUUUCUUAUAUUAUUAUAAAACACUUUUAACAGUAUGAAUUUUCUUCUCAAUAUACUCUUGGCCACAUUUCAGACUUUGAUAUUAUUUUGAUAUUCUUAAAGUCAGUAAUUCUAGUUUUGAUUUUCUCUUUAAGAAGUGUUCCUUAAUUUCCAUAUGCAAGGUUCCUUGGCUAUCCAAAAGUAGAGCAUUCCUGUGAAACCCUUGGUAAGCUGAAAUGGUGAAAAGCGAAGAGUAUCCCUCUUUCUGCAAGUUCGUGAUACACCACUUCGCUUUUAUGAAAGACAUACAGUAGUACCUGUUUCUGCUGAAAGAAAUCUGAAGAGGAUUUCCACUUUUAUCAAAAAAUGCCAUUACUAUAGUAAUGUAAGCCUUUUCUAAAAGUGAAGUGGCAUGCAACGAGCUUGUGGAAAGCAAAGGAUGCCUGAAUCUCGCAAACCAGGAAAAUUUUAUCUCCUGUUCCAACUACAUUGCAGUGUUGCUACUGAAUAUGACCUGCCUUUUGUUUCUUGGAAUUGUUCUUCCCUGUGGCUCAGUAGAUGACCCAUUAUUGGAAUGGCCCUAUGGGCAUUUAAUAAAGGUGAAUUGUUAUGCACAGAA